AUGACUGGCCUCCACCACGUCUCCAUACACCGUCAGGCAGUCUGGGAGGCUGAUGUGAAGGUGGUUAGAGGAGGAGGAGGAGGAGGAGCAGGAGGAGGGAGCUCAUCCAGGGAGCUCCUGGGACAGACGGGAGGACUGUUACUAAGUGACUCCCUCUUCUCCAAAGAACUGGAGAACAUGGGCAAACACCUCGCUGAGGUGGAGAAGGACCUGGCCAAGCUGGCAGAGCAGGGGAAACUAGCCCAGCGGAGUCCCAACAGCCCCCACACCUCUCUUCUACUCGCCCCCUUGUUCCACACCUCUCUCCCGGCCACACUCCUCCCCAAUACCCUCCCCUUACCCGGCAGGACUUCCAGACCUCAGUCUCCCAUCCUCACCCGCUCAGCCAAGCCCAGCUCUAUAGGUUAUCCCCUGGUCAGUCCUAAACUCAGCCCCCUGCUCACCUGCAAGCCCACCUCCCUCACCAUGACCGGCAGCCACCGGACUCAUUCCCCCAGCAACCCCGGCAGCAGAACUACGACCCCCAGAACCCCCAGCAGCAGACCGAUGACCCCCAACAGCCUGCUGACCUCCAAGUCGGGCAUGACGGCCGUGACCACAGGGGUCGGUGUUCACGGAGGUCACAGGGGUCAUAAGGAGGUGACCUUCAGGAAGUCACGGAGCAGGCCGGUGACCCCCACCAGUCAGCCAACCCGACCCAGGCCCCUGCUCACGCCUCCUGGGCUGAGUACAACAGAUAGUCUGGGCAAGGCCUCCAGCCUCAAGGCCUAUCUGUCAGAGGAUGAGUUCUACAAGCAGCUACAGGCUAUCAGACAGCCAUGGCACAUUCCCAUUGACACAGAGAGUGACAUCCUGGAACCACUUGAGCAGGACAAGU